AAAUAAACACAGCUGAUUUCAUUUUGUCAAUAACAAAGAACUGAUAGUACUUUAUCUUACUUUUGUGUACAUUCUUAAAUACAUAUUAUCGAUCACAUGAUUAAUUUGCUAUAAAUAUGCGUUCAAUGAAUUCGUACUAAAGUAGUUUAAAAGAUUUUCUCAUAAGUUUUCCUAAUGUUAGACAAUAUGCGUGAUUGUUUUUUUAUUACCUGUAUCUUGGUCAUCCAAUUUUGCUUUGUGCUAACUGCUGACAGCAAUAAGACAUGGAGUUACUUUGUUUUUGCUCAGCAGUGGCCUCCAGCUGCUUGUCUUGAUGUCCCUGGUGGAAAGUGCAAAAUACCCAGCCAAGUUGUUGACUGGACAAUUCAUGGCUUAUGGCCUACCAGUGAUAAAGGUUAUCCAAGUUUUUGCAACACAUCUUGGCCUUUUCGACCAGAAGAAUUGAAGCCUAUCUUGGAAUCUUUGGAACAAAAGUGGCCUAAUAUAUAUGCAGAUUCAACUGAAAUUGUCUUUUGGAAACAUGAAUGGAUGAAACAUGGUACAUGUUCUACUGAUUUGGAUGAUUUCAACUCUGAAAAGAAAUACUUUUCACAGAGUCUUAUGCUUCAUGACAAAUAUAAUAUCCAUGAAUUUUUAAAUCAGGCUGGAAUCGUGCCCAGUGAAACCAAGCCCAUUAUGCUGAGAUAUGUUGAAGAUGCUUUAGCAAGCCAUUUUAAUGUAACUAUAAAGCUAUUUUGCAAAAAUCAUCAAGAAUAUGCUCAGCCGAUAUUGACAUCGAUGUAUAUAUGUACGGAUAAAAAUCUGAAGUUGAUAAACUGUGAUAAGAUCGAUGAACCUCCUUGCAAGAAACCAUAUGUAUUUUAUUUACCUUUUGACAGACAACACCGUAUAAAAAAGGCCUAUAUAGCUGAAAAGACUAAAACUUUGCAGCAAACACAUAAGAAAUACAAAAUUUUUCCAAGCAGUCAACUUAGAAAAUGAAAAAAAGUCAUCACGAGUUUUUUUAUCCUCCAAGUGACACAGCAAUUUUUCAAAUUUUUUAUCUUUUCUACUUAAGUAGAUAAUUUAAAUUUAAAAAUGAAUUUUCUUAAAAUUAUAUUAGAAAGAUAUUCCCUAGAUUCAAAGAUCAGAGUUGAAAGUUAUUUAAUUAAGGUUAUUGGCUGUUUGAAAGAUUAAAUCAACAUAUUUUAUUUAUACAAUAUAUAUAUACAACUCAUUAGCAUUAUUUUAUUUUAAAAUGUUGGAGUCUUGCUUUAUUGAUUAUAAGCUAUCUUGAAAAAUAUAUUCAUUUUUUUGUGUGAUAUAUUUAUUUGCCUUUACUUUUUAAUUUAUUUUAAUAUUUAACUCAAUUAAUUUAACUUAUUAUUAUUAUUUUGUAUGGCAUAGUUAGAUACCUUGAUUAUCGAGUAGAUGCUACUCCCUUUUUUAAGCUAUGCUUCAUACUAUGAAUUUUAAUCAAUGAUUUAUGAAUGUAAAGGAUAAUUUGAUUUUUAUAAUUAUUUAAAUAAUUUAUAUUUUAACUAUUGUGUGAAGUGUUUUAUAUUUUAACUGUUGUGUUACUUUAGAAAUUAUGCAGCAUAUUUCCAUUUGUUAGAAAGGAGCUUUAUCAUUGAUUGGAAAAUUUUAACUAAAUUCGAUUAUAUUAAAGUAAAGAAAAAUAAGUUCUCCAAUUAAUGAUAAAGUUCUUUUCUAACAAAUGUAAAUAUGAAUUGUUGAAGAUAUAUAUUAAUUGCAUUUUUGUAUUUUGUUAAUUUUCUUUUCUGUAAUUGAGAGAUUUUAUUAUUGUGUAAAUACUUCUAUAAUUCAAAUAUUCUUUAUUUAUGUCAAUUUCUGAAGCAUUGCAGAUAUACUGCUUUGCUUCAGAAAUUGACAUGCUUGCUCUUAAUGACUAUUUAUUUAUUUUUAUCUAUAUUUAAUACUUUUGUGGUAGUUGAAUUGGCUAGAAUAGAACCCGAGACCUUGUGGUUCGCAGCCGAGUAACAAGACCACAAGACAAAAGUAAUUACUCGUGUUCCAUAGCUGUUAUCUGCCUUCUAAGCUUCACCACACUUUUAUGAAAAAAAAAAAAAUGCAUUUUAUGAUUUUUAAUUGAAUAUUUUAGAUCUAAAUUUUAUAUCUGUUUUUAUAAAUAUUUGAUUUUUAAGUACCAACAUUCUAAGAAAAUUAUAUGUUUUCUAAGCAACGCAGAAUGGAAAUUAACAUGAUUUUGGUUGAUUCAUAUGAAUAAUACCUAUCAUAAAGACAUAUCUGAUUAUUAUAUAAAUUUAAAUUCUGUCUUAGGAGCCCUAUUCCAGCAAGUUUUGAUUUAUAUAUAAAAAAAAAAUUUGCACACUGUACUUACAAUAAUUUGUCAUAAAUUUAGUGCUGCUAUUCUUACAAAAGACAUCAAUGAUGAGCUUUUGCUUAAUCAAUUAAUAUAUUCAUUGAAAAAAAUUCACCAUUUUAAACUCAAAGAAUGGCUUCAUUUAAAAGCCAGUGUUCUGUUUACAUAUUUAAUCACUUUUAAUUAACACUAAUAACAAUUCAAAUAGAGGAUAUAGAAAUGGAUGCUGUGGUGUGUUAUCGAAACUAGUUAAAUAGUUCUGAAAAUGAUUUAACUAGUUCAUAUAUGACUUUCUCAUAUAUGAAAUAUGCAGAGAGAAAAAUACUAUAACCUUUAAAAACUUUGAAUCGGAGAUUUUAAUGAAUCUAUUUAUUUCGAACCUCCAUGAAUUCAAAGAAACACAUAUUUAUUUUCAUAUAUAUACAAAGUAUAGAAAAAGUAUUGUAAUCGCCUAAAACGGUUUUUUUCUGCAUAUUAUCAAUUUGAGAUGUCAUUCUCAUGUAAAUAGUUCGGAGAAAGAGAUUAUUGAAUAUAGUACAAAUGUUAAAUUACGAAAUUUUACAUACUCAAAAGAGAAUGAAAUGAUUAUAUACAUAGAAUUUAUUUUUAUUAUAUUUAUCUUUUAUUGUAUUGUUAUUAUUUGCUAUAUAGGCACAAACUCUCAAUUAUGAAAUGAUUAUGUACAUAUAAUUUAUUUUUAUUUUUUAUUGUAUUGCUAUUUAAUGUAUAAAUACGUAAAACGUUGCAACAUAAAUAUGUAAGUUCAAUCGUGAAUGUUGAUAAUUAUGGACUUAUCAUUGACUAGACUGCUGACGUAGUUAGAUUUAAGCCGAGUUUUGUGCAGUAGCUUCUGAGGGUAAAGGCCCUUGAGCACCUAAGGGCAGAAGUCUGGCUUCUAGCUCAUAUGAAGAUGACACAUACCAAAUCACUUGCACAACCUUUUUUUACAGGGGGGAGGGGGAGAUGCUUUCACACACCUCACAAAUAGAACACAGGGGAAGAACAAUCUUGCCCAGAUCAGACUCUCUACCCCUAGGCCAGGACACCAGCAUUUGUAUUAUAAUCUAUUGAUAUGAAAUAAUGAAAUUUUUUUGUACAAUGAAUGAAAAGAUUAUAUGCUUUAAUUUACUUUUAUCUAUAUUUGUGAUAUUAUUUGAUGUAUUGAUGCGAAAGUUCAAUCAUGAAGUUUCCAAGUUCAGUUAUGGAAUUUUGUAUACUCAAGAUGAAAGGAUUAUAUACUUUUAUUUUUAUCAUUUAGUGUGUUAUUAUUUGAUGCAUAGAUGGGGCAGUUCAAUCAUGAAAUUUUUUACAUUCAGAAUGAAAUAAUUAUACAUAUAUAGUUUAUUUUUUAACAGUUUUAUUGUUAUUUGAAAAAUUGAUAGUGCCAAGAUCUAUUAUGAUUAACUUAAUCCAUCAACUGUUGUACCCAUGCAUCGUGUGAACAUCACAUCAAAUUAUCGCUUCGCAAAAUAUUAAAAUAAAAUAAUUUAAAAUACUAUCAUUCGAAACAAAAAUUACACAUAAUUCUCAAUACGUGUAUUUUAUGGUUUCUUAAUGGAUUCAGCAAGACAGCAUAUUUCAGAAACAGAUGGUGCCCUUUAAUUAAGUAAUGAAAAUGAUAAAGCAAAACAGUUGAGGGAUUAAAUGCUGCAUUUCUGAAAAGCUUUUGUAAAACCUCUGAAAUUAUUAAUAUAAUUUUUGUUUCUACAAUUUUUCAAAAUACUUCAAAUAAUUGCUGCAAACUAUUAGCAGUUGCAACAUUACACUGUUUUCAUAAUACAAACAGAUAAUUUUAAUUACCUUUUUUUUUUUUUUUUUUUUUGUCGUGUGACUAUUUUAAGCCAAAUUAUUGCGCAGUAACUUCUGAGAGUAACCCUGAGUACCCAAGGGCAGAAGUCUAAAUUCUGGCUCAAAUGAAGAUAGCACACAUACACUCGCUUGCACAACCCCCUUUUUACAGGGGGGCCGCAUUCACGCACCUCACAGAGAGAACACAAGGAAGAGAACAACCAUGCUCGAACCCGCUACCCCUAGGCUAGGACAUUGGCAUUACCAUAUAAUAUAAUACUAUUAUAAGCUGUAAUGUUUUUUU